CACAACCUCGCGUGAAAUCGGCUUAAAACACGAGAAUCAACCUCUCAAACGGCUCAAGAAUAGGGGUAAAAACAGGUGUAAUUAUUGGUCUAUCAGAGACCAUUGUUAGCAAGAAAACUCAGAAGCAGAAUAUCAAAAAAGAGUACCAAAAACCGACGCCAGAGUCCUCUAAGACAAUGAAGGCAGGGAACCUCCCUCCUUUUGUUGAUAAUCCCAGCAAGGGUGCUCCUUCUAGGAAGGGGAAAAAGGAGGUUGGUGCUAGGAAUAAUAGCCAUCAUGGUGAACAGCAAAGAAGAAUCCAGUCCACCCCUUCUUCUAAAUCUCAGGAGAAGAAGAAAGGUUUGAAUGGUGAUGGCCAAGCUGGACACCAACCAAAGAUGAAGCAAAUCCAAGGCAUGGAGAACAACAGGUCAACAAAAGAUCAGUCACAUCAGUCCCCAGAAAAUGGGAAAGGGAAUCCAAGGAAGAUUGAUUUCAAUCGAAGCCCGGGAAACCUGAAGAAACAACCUGAAAAUGUUCUCAAAACUCUAUCUGCCAGCAAUGGAGAUAGAGUAGAGAGAAAUGAGACAGCUAUGGCUGUUGACACGGAAUGAUCCAGCCGCCUGGUCAGCAGGGGACCCACCUUAAUCAGUCUUAUGAUUAAAGUCUUCUCCUGGAACUGCAGGGGUGCUAAGCACCCUAAAUUUCGUUCAACUUUUUAGUUGUUUAAGGCCACCCACUCCCCAAAUGUGGUCUGUAUUUUGGAACCUAGAGUCAGUGGGAAAGAUGUCAUCUCCAUUAUCAAAAGCCUAGGCUUUGACUCAUGGAAGGUUUCGGAUGCUGUUGGGUUCAGUGGAGGAAUUUGGGUCCUCUGGAAUAAAUCUGAUAUGGAAAUGGAAGUCUUAGAUGUCAAAAAGCAGUUCCUCCACCUGGAAUGCUCAAUUAAUAACAGAGUUGUGUGUCAUGUCACGGCAGUCUAUGCUAGCCCCAAUGAGCAUGACAGAGGGGAACUUUGGGACGCCAUCCGAAACAUAAGUCGAAGAACAAAGAUCCCCUGGCUGAUUCUGGGAGACUUCAACUCCAUUACGAACUCUUCAGAAAAGCAAGGUGGAGCUCCCUUUAACUAUGCCAAAACAAGGGCAUUUAAUGAAUGAAUUGAGGAUUG